AUGUCAUAUCCUUAUACAACACCUUUCAAUUCAAAUUUUGCGAAUAAUCCACGAAGCAGUGACUCUACAAACGAUAACUUAAUAAAACAGUUGUCUGAAAAUAACAGUGUUUAUCGCGAAAAGUUAAUAGAAUUAAGAAAUAAAAGUGAUAGUUUAAAUGCCGAGUUGUUUGCUUUACGUCAACGAGUAACAACUGUUCAUAACACCUCCGAAAUACAAACUUUGUCAUCAAAGAAUGAGGAAUUACAGAAACUCAUAACUUCCCUUAACAACUCAAUUGAAGAUAAAGACAGAGAAAACGAUUUACUAAGAAAGAAAGUGAGAGACUCCGAUCUUACAACUACCGAUUUGGAAACAGCAAAAGUGGUACUUAAUAGGUUGCAAACAAAGCGGUCAAGUUUAACUCUCAAAUAUGAAACUCUUCAGAAAGAAUUUAAUCAGUACAAAAUAACUAAAAACGAGGAGAUGAAGAAAAUCAUGGCUAAUGUUAACUAUCUUCAAAAAAUGGUUGAAUAA